AUAGUAAAGUGGGGACGGGGAGCGUUGAACGUGCCCACCUUGCCGCGCAGUGCCGCAGUUUCGAUCGUUGCCGGCGAAUAAAUUCGUGAUAAUUCUUAACUGAAGUAUUUAAGACUUCCCGUAAUUUUAAAGACAACUUUACUUAAAAAAUUUAGUGGUAGCAGACGUGUCGCUCAUUAUAAUUGGAAUAUUUUAACCUAUUUGAACGGAUGCGUAAAAUAUAUGAAUAAAAUAUCGCGUGCAAUAAGUAGUACACUAUAUGAAUAGUUGCUAUAAUAUUUUAGUUCGCACGUUAUCAGCAGCUGGUACGAUUUGUGACAUUCCGAAGCAUGGGAAAAUUCAUGGACUGAGGUAAAAGGAUAUCGAACUGUACUGACGUAUCUUAUGUAAAUGGUGGCACUUCAGUAUUAAGCAAUUAUUUUUGAAAGUAAUUAAAAUUAAUUAAAAAUGACUAAAGUAUCGGUUGCGGAGGGGUUGACGCCGAAGGCUAUGGACGUCGGUGAAAGCGGGGUAAGCGAGGAAGGGGAAUCGACUGAAGGGGUCCGGUUGAAUAAAGAAUUGAGCCUAAUGAAUGGCGUGGCGAUUAUUGUGGGAGUCAUCGUGGGAUCUGGAAUCUUUGUGUCCCCCAAUCUUCUUUUGGAGCAGGCCGGUUCAAAAGGCAUGGCCCUCAUUGUGUGGGUACUCUCAGGAUUCCUGUCGAUGAUUGGAGCGCUAUGCUAUGCGGAGUUAGGUACGAUGAUCCCCAAGUCCGGCGGUGACUACGCCUACAUCGGAGAAGCGUUCGGCAACCUGCCGGCCUUCCUCUACCUGUGGGUGGCGCUCUUCGUACUAGUGCCCACAGGCAACGCCAUCACAGCCAUCACCUUCGCACAGAACAUCCUCAAGCCGCUGUGGCCAGCGUGCGACGUGCCCAAGAACGCUGUGAGCCUCAUCGCUGCUGUUAUUACAUGUUUCCUCACAGCUCUGAACUGCUACAACGUGAAAUGGGUGACCCGUGUCCAAGACUCCUUCACAGCAGCAAAGAUAUUGGCGCUGCUCGUUACUUUUUUCGGCAGUUUGGUUUAUUUAUUCGCGGUGGAUAUGGGAAACUUGAAAAACAUGAUGGAAGGCACUAUUACGGAUCCGGGACACAUUGCUAUAGCGUUCUACAAUGGACUCUUUUCGUACUCCGGUUGGAACUACCUUAACUUUGUUACGGAGGAACUGAAAGAUCCGUACAAAAACUUACCACGCGCUAUCUGCAUCUCGAUGCCCGUAGUCACAUUGGUAUACGCGCUUACCAACGUGGCUUACUUUGCUGUGCUGACUAAGCCUGAAAUAUUGGCUUCGGAAGCUGUGGCCGUGGCAUUCAGCGACAAGAUCCUGGGUGUCAUGUCUUGGAUAAUGCCUGUCUUCGUGGCCUUGUGUACUUUCGGCUCCCUCAACGGCGCCAUCUAUACGUCGUCCAGGCUUUUCUUCGUUGGAGCUAGGAACGGACACUUACCUUUGGCGAUAUCUCUUAUCGAUGUAAAGCGACUGACACCUGUGCCUUCUCUUAUAUUUAUGUGUUUGGUGACACUGCUGCUGUUAUUGUUCAAUGACGUGGGCUCUCUCAUGGUGUACGUCUCAGCCGUCGAAGCUAUAUUCUUAUUCUGCUCGGUGGCGGGAUUGCUCUGGUUACGGUACAAGCAACCUAAUAAGAAACGACCCAUUAAAGUCAUCUUGCUUCUACCAAUUACAUUCCUAAUCGUUUGCACAUUCCUUAUUGUAUUUUCAUGUAUCACACGCCCCGUGGCAGUGGGAGCUGGUAUUGGGUUCAUAGCAGUCGGCGCAAUAGUCUAUUGCGUAUUUUUCAUGUGGAAGCAUAAACCGAGGUGGAUGGUUAGCUUUUGUGACAAUUUCAACCUUGUUUGCUCAAAAUUGUUCCUAAGCUUACCGGAGAGUUCUAAAGAGUUAUGAUUGGUGAAUUGACAUUUGAUUUGACGUGUGAAGUUUUCGCUAUUUUGUGCCAAACGUUUAAACCGUUCGAUUAAUCAUUAUAAUCAUAGAUUAAGAGUCGGUACAAUGAUUAUAAUGUUAUUUUAUUACUUGACAAAGAUGUGUACACUACACUGUAUAUCAUGACUAGAUAGAUAAAACCUGUCGAUGUUGCGGAAAAAUAAGGGAUUAAUUUUUUUCCAUUCGCGUAAAUAGCUAUCAUUCGUGCAGAGUUUUUAUUUAAAAAAAGCGUUUAAAUACCACAAAUGUAUUCCCAAGUUUAUGUUCACACGACUGCUUCUAUAUAGCAGUUAAUAUUAAGCUUGAAAUUGAGACAACAUAAAAUUGCCGCUGAUGCUAACAAUAAUUGCAUUAGGUAAUUAAUAAUCACUAGUCAAAUAUGUUGUAAAAAAUAAGUUCUCGAAUCUAUAGCUUUAGGUGUGUAGAUCUUUUAUAGCAAAACGUUAAUGCGGUAAAAACUGUUCGCAAAAUUCAACACGUAUGUAGGAAGAUAAUCUAGGGUUGCCAAAAUUUUUUCAGAAAAAUAUAGUUUUUUACAGAUUUAAGUUGAAAAAAAUAUAGUAUUUUUAUAGAAUUAACAAAAAAUAGACAAAAAUAAUUAUAUUUGUUGGCUAUUUAUUUUUAUAAAAUCUAUAUUUAUGGACAAUCAGCAUCUCUUCCAUUUUUCAAGAAUUUUUUAACUAAAAUAAGAGUGUUACAUGGUUUUUCAAAUUUAAUUUUAAAAUUAUUGAAAACCAACAUUAAAUAAGACACGUUCGGGUACACAGACUAUUGCUUCUUCUAAAAAUUAAUGUAAAAAAUAUAGUGUUUUUGCUUACCUACUAUAUAAAUAUUUCUUGACCCAAAAUAUAAUACAAUGCUAUAUUAUACGUUUGCAACCUACUUGGGUUAUAUAUGUAUCACAGAAUACAUAAUAUGUAUAGAGGCCGACAAAAAUACUACCCACUCGUAAGACUGAACUGAGGGGUCUUCUUUUAUACCAACAACUUUAACGAGGGACAAAAUACUAUAACACUAUUUAGAGACUAUUAGGUUAAGAAUUAAGUGAUAACAAAAAUAUUUUAAAAUAUAUAUAUUUAACAUCUAUUUAUACUUAAUCAACUGAGAUAAAGACUUCGGCAAUUAAAAAUAUUGUUUUAAUGAGGGUUUUUACGCCCUCUGUUAUAUUACAAUGCAAAUCUAAUCAAAGAAGAAAAAACCUUAACGGGAAACCUACCUAUCAGCAAUUAUUUUAGUAAUAUGAAAUCGCUGUUUUAUACAUUCAAAAUGGAAGCGUCUGGUUAGUCGACUCUCCGCUAUACCUGUGUAAAUGAUAAAUAGGGUUGCCAAAAUUUUUUUUCGAUAAAUAUAGUAUUUUUCAGAUUUAGCUAUAAAAAAAUAUAGUACGCUUAAAUAAAAUUAUAGUAUUUUAUGGAAUAGUCUAUAUGUAAAAAGUCGACAUUUAUUAAAAAAUAAACAGUUAUUUAUGAGUGUCAUAGAUAGUUUUCAAAUUUAAUUCUUAAAUUUUUUAAACCCAAAUGCUAUUUUAUAAUUUGUUCGUUUUAUGUUUGAACUCAAUAAGAUAAAUAAGUUGAGAUAGGCUAAACGCUAUUGAAUUUGUCAAAAAUUAAUGUUCAUAAAGUUUUAUAAUUAAAAAUUUGUUUAUUCGAUUUCAGUGUUGAAAAUGUAGUAUUUUUGCGUACUAUAUAUUUCUUCAUCAGUAAAUAGUACGCAGACCCGAAAUAUGGUAAAAUACUUGUUAUAGUACGGUUGGCAACCCUAGAUAAAUCACUUUCAUAUAGUCUGAGAAAGUGGCUCCUCUUACUGCUAUUGUAGAUUAGAGUAGAGUUUUCCCGGAAACUAUUCCCGGAAGACGGUUUGCCAUGGAGUAUAAAUGGGCCGCUGAGUAAUUAAAAGAUGUAAGAUUUUGUCGUGAUUUUCAGUUCACAACAAAUAAGGAUGGAGAACAAAAUGUUUGUAUGGAAGUUUGCUAAUUUGCACUAAUUUUUUUUUUUUAAACCUCCAUAUCCCCUUACUUAUAAGGAGAAAGGCCUGGCCCUAUAGUGUGCCAUUAAAUUGUUGAUCAAUAAUAAGAUGAUGAUGAUAAUGAACCCUAGAAACGAGGUUAAACAAAUUUCAUAAUCUGCGGGUUUUUAAUUGACAUUGUUUGAUACAUAUUCUGCCUACUGUGGGUAUGUAUUACAUUUUUUUUUUAAUUAAUCAGUUGUAGUUCCCUUAAUCACAGGUUAAGAUUGAGAAGGGAUACGGGGGCGGUUUACAGGGGAAGAUUGCUUAGGGCAUCAAGUUUCCUUAAUCCGGCACUGUUCAAGAAACCUGGGUCUAUGGUCCUGGAGUACCUAGACUUCCAUCUACUGAUCAACAUUUGUACCUAUGGCAUAUCUAAUAUUGAACGAUUUAAAUGUUUGAUGAUGUUAUUUAUUGUACGCCUGUGAGCGUGAUAAGCUUUAGAUCUGUUUGUCAAUUAUUAUAAUGAUGCUUUUACUUUUAUAGUAAGAUUAAGUUUGUAUUAAACUUUGAAAUCAUAAUAAAAAAUCCUAUACAAAAUG